AUAUUCUUCAGCACAAUGACGGAGGCGGUGCUCCUUGCUGUAAAAAAGAUUGGGAAUGCUUUAGCUGAUGAAACUGCCAAGAGAUUGGUGGCCAAGCUGUCAGAAAAGGUUAGUAAUCUGAUUGAUCUGGACGACAAGAUUGAUCAUAUAAGGAAGCAGUUACAAACUAUGAACAAUGUCAUAGAGCAGAUAGGCACGACAUACCUCACUGACAAAACUGUGAAGGGUUGGAUCGAGGAGGUCAGGAAAGUGGCCUACCGUGUUGAGGAUGUAAUGGAUAAAUACUCAUAUCACUGUCUUCAAAUGGUGGAAGAACGGUUUCUGAAGAAGUACCUCAUUAAAGGAACCCAUUAUGUCGUGGUUUUCAGUCAAAUUGCUGAUGAGGUAGUCAAGAUAGAGAAGGGGAUCGACCAAGUUAUUAAACUCAAGGAGCAGUGGUUGCAACCAUCCCAGCUUGCCCAUGACCCGUAUACUGAGAUGGAAAGACAACGGUCCCAAGAUAGCUUCCCUGAACUUGUGACAGAUGAAGAUCUUAUUGGAAUCGAAGACAACAGGAGAAUGCUGACUGAAUGGCUGUACUCGGAUGAGAUAGACAGUAAGGUGAUAACGGUGUCAGGUAUGGGCGGGUUGGGAAAAACAACCCUUGUCACAAAUGUGUAUGAACGUGAAAAGCUCAAGUUCCAAGCUCGUGCAUGGAUGGUUGUGUCUCAGACCUACACUGUGGAUGAUCUGUUGAGAAAGUUACUCAGGAAGGUUGGCUACACCGAACAAAAAGGAUCAUGUAACAUUGACAGGAUGGAUGCGUAUGACUUGAAGGAAGAAAUAAAAAGAAUGCUCAAAGAUAGGAAAUGUUUGCUUGUAUUAGAUGAUGUCUGGAACCAGGAGGUGUACUUUCAAAUACGUGAUGCAUUCCAGAGUUCUCAUGGAAGUCGCAUCAUCAUCACGACACGGAGCAAUCAUGUUGCUGCUCUUGCUCCCUCAGCACGCUGUCUUGAUAUCAAGCCUUUGGGGGACGCUCACGCAUUUGAACUCUUCUGCAGAAGGGUCUUUUAUAGCAAAAGGAACCAUGAGUGUCCCAGUGAUCUGAAGAAAAUUGCUACUUCUGUAGUGGAUAGGUGCCAGGGCCUGCCACUAGCAAUAGUAACAAUGGGUAGCUUCUUGUCUUCAAGGCCACCAACACAAUACAUAUGGGAGCAAAUAUGCAAUCAAUUUCGAACUGAACUGUCGAGAAGUAAUCAUGUCCGGGCAGUUUUAAAUCUGAGCUACCAUGACCUAUCUGGAGACCUCAGAAACUGCUUUCUGUACUGCAGCCUGUUCCCUGAAGACUACCAAAUGUCAAGGGAGAACCUAGUGAGGCUAUGGGUUGCAGAAGGCUUUGUGUUAAGCAAAGAAAAUAGCACCCCGGAGGAGGUGGCUGAGAGAAACCUAAUGGAAUUGAUCCACCGCAAUCUGCUCAUAGUCAAGGAGACAGAUGAACUUGGGAGGGUGAGUAGCUGCAUGAUGCAUGAUAUUGUGCGGGACCUGGCUCUUUGCAUUGCGAGAGAGGAGCGGUUUGUAUCCGCAAACGAUUAUGCCGCAAUGACAAAGAUGGAUAGGGAUGUUCGUCGUCUGUCAUCAUGCGGAUGGAAAGAGAACAGUGCACCAAAAGUUAAACUUCCACGUCUUCGAACUCUGGUGUCAUUGGGAUCAAUUUCGUCCACACCUGCCAUGCUAUCCUCAAUUUUGUCUGAAUCUAGCUACCUGACUGUCCUCGAGCUACAAGACUCUGCAAUCACUGAAGUACCAGAACUGAUAGGGAAUCUCUUCAAUUUGCGUUACAUUGGCUUACGCCGCACCAUGGUCAAGUCACUCCCAGACUCCGUUGAGAAUCUAUCUAACCUGGAGACUCUGGACAUCAAGCAAACCAAUAUAGAGAAACUACCAAGAGGGAUUGCCAAGAUCAAGAAGCUACAACACCUCUUAGCUGAUAGAUAUGUUGAUGAAAAGCAAUCAAAGUUUCUAUACUUUGUCGGGAUUCAAGCACCUAAAGACCUGUCCAAAAUGCAAGAGCUGCAGACUCUUGAGACUGUCCAAGCAAACAAGGACUUGGCUGAGCAGCUGAAGAGAAUGACACGACUGAGAAGUGUGUGGAUCGACAACAUAAGUUCUACCGAUUGUGCAAAUAUUUUUGCUACCCUGUCAAAUAUGCCUCUUCUCUCCAGCUUGCUUCUUUCUGCAAGGGAUGAGAAUGAGGCACUUUGUUUCGAGACUCUCAAGCCAAUGUCUAAACAUCUUCACCGGUUAAUCAUCAGAGGGGGGAUAAAGGGCACACUGAAGUGCCCGGUAUUUCGUGGCCAUGCGGCAAAUCUCAAGUACCUAGCUCUAAGCAGUUGUCACUUUGGGGAAGAUCCCCUGGGGAUGCUUGCAUCACACUUGCCGAACCUCACAUAUCUGAAACUUAACAGUGUGCAUAGUGCAGCUAUUUUGGUUCUCCCUGCAAAUUCCUUCCCUCACCUGAAGACACUUGUCUUGAAGCAGAUGCCUGAUGUCAACGAGAUAAAGAUCAUGGGUGGUGCCCUUCCAAGCAUUGAUGCUUUGUAUGUCGUGUCGCUGUCGAAGCUUGAUAAGGUCCCUCGAGGCAUUGAAUACCUUAGGUCCCUGAAGAGUCUCUGGCUGUUGGGAUUGCACAAGGACUUCAGAACUCAGUGGGACAAGAACGGAAUGCACCAGAAGAUGAUGCAUGUUCCAGAGGUUCGCGUGUGAAUGCAGCAGAAUGGUUCUUUGACAAUAGUAUUCUUUUGAAUCUAUGUCAUUUUUCCCAUAAUCUUUCUGGCAUUUUAUAAUUACUAAAGCAUCAUUUGCAACUGAUGUAUUUCUGUAUUGUAAGAGGGCUAUUGAUGAAAUACUGUGUUCAUUGCCUUUAGGAGGCCCUGCA